AUGUCCCUACGAUCACUCACAUCCCUCAAUCUCCGAGCAGCAAAAAUGGCACCUAUCGAGCGCAUCACCCUCUUCAAGAUCCCCAACGAAGCGGAUCGAGACCGCGUGCUGGAGCAGUACAAGGUCCUUGCGAAGACUGCCACAAAGGAUGGCAAGCCCUACAUCGUCGCUGCGGCUGUUGGCAUUUCAAUCCCGGAUCCCAGAAACAAGGGCUACAACAUCUCCGUUAAGACCACUUUCGCUUCACUCGAGGAUAUGCAGUACUACGACACCCAGUGUGAGGCGCAUAAGCAAUUGAAGGCGGUUGCAGGGCCGGUUAAGGAGGAUGUCCUGACGAGUUACUACGAGAAUAUCCUAUGA